AUGAGCGAUCAACAAUAUAGCUCACCAAAGAAAAAUAAUUCAGAUUUAAGUUUGAUGAUUGCCGAUCCCGAUCAUUUCAAGAAACAAGUUCCCACUUCCUCAUUGGAUGUAGACAAUGACAACCACGAUAAUGAUAUACUUUUAAAGAAAACAAUUAAAAACAACAUUAGUAAAGCAUCACCAAACUCCUCACAGUCAAAACAUCAAUCAACACCACCACACAAAACUUCAUCAUUGUCGUCAGUUGCCUCAGCUUCACCCUCAGCUUCACCACUGACAGCUCAAUUCCUUGCCAAUCAAAAUAUAGUUGAAAGUUCUUUUGAUUAUUAUAAUAAUAAUAAUAAUAAUCAUCAUCAUCAAUCACCAAACUCACAAGAAGAAAAUAAUAACAAUAACAAUAAUAAUAAAACAAUCAACAAAAAUAAACAAACAUCAAAAUCAGUUCAUUUCAAUGAAGAAGAACAAGUAGUUGAAAAUAACAAUGGAGAUGAAGAUGAUUAUGAAGAUGAUUUAAUCUUGGAUGAACAGUUUCUAGAUGUUUCCAAUUUGAAGACACCUACAUUUAUGGUGUCAGCUGACACCCAAGAGUUGCUAUUUACCUUUGAUAGCUUUGGCACCGACGAAGAGAGCUCUCAGAGUGGCGUGGAAAAUCAUCACACCAUGACAUUGUCACUCGACCAGCUACUGGAACAGUUUGACAAUGAAGAGAUAUCGCUAUCCAAUGGAAACAAUGCAGAUUCCAACGUUGACUCUCAGACUGAGGAAUACCAGUCGUUAUCACUGCCGAUUUGGGAUGCGGUCACCUCUCAAGAUCCAAGGCUGCUCUUCUACUUACGCGGUGGCAAGAAAUUGCGCAGAAAGAGAGGUGUCUCCAUUCCAAACGCCAGAAAGCAUCAACCAGAAGUGACCAUCGACGAUAUGAUGAAGCAAGGUUACCUAAGAAUCGGUGAUCGUCUCUCGUACACCAUCGGUGGUCAGACACACGUUGCCCUGCUUCUCAAGGAUGGCUACAUUGAAUAUGGACAGCCAUUGACACGUCUUCCAUCGGUUCACAACUGGAUCAUCACAGUCCUGUCGAAUCUCGCACCAAACAAGCGUUACCAUUGGUUCUCCCCUUGGGACUCUAUCUUUGUUCGUGGUAAAUCACUCAACUUUAUCAGAAAAUCCUUUGCCAAUGAAAACCUGAGAGCUUCAAGAAAUUUCAAAGAACCACAACAACAUCAACUACAAAGAGUCGUGGUAGAGACAACCAACAACAACAACAACUCCAAGAAAAGAUCAAUUGAAUCGACAAGAGAUGAAAACAAGAAAUUAGAGGACAAUAAUAAUAACAGUAACAAUAAUAAUAGCCAAUCAAAUAAGGUUCAAAAAUCAAAUGAAUCAUCUAAUGUCAAGUCCAAUUCAACUCCACCUACUCCACCACCACCAACGACGACAACAACAACAACUGUAUCGACUAGUCAAUUUGCCAAACCAGCUUCACCUUCUUCUUCACCUUCACCUUCACCAAGUAAAUCAAGACUGUAUAUUUCUCCAUCAAAGCCAGCUGCAGUUGAAGAUCACGAACAAACACAACCAAUGGAUUUAGACUCGACCAUUAAAAUGCCAGACAUCGAUUAUGAACAAACACAAGAUAUGACAAAUGAUAUAGAUCCAAAUAUUUCAUUUGAUUCAAGUGCUACUUUAACAAGCAACAGUGACCUUCCUUUGAAAUACACAUCUCGUAACAACGAAGUAGUAGAGAGUCCAUCAAAAUCUGACUCAGUAGUUUCCGCAGCGGAUGUCAACGAAAAUCAAGAAAUGGAUGUUCAACAAGAAGAUCUACAGAAAUCACAACAAUCUCAAUCUUCACAACAACCUUUUUCACAACACUCCAUUAUCUCACAGAGCUCUGACGAAUCUUCACUUCCAUCACAACUACCGAGUUCAUUAACACCAGACAAACAUCAUUCACAACCAUUAUCCCAAGUAAAAGAUGCUUCACAACAACAACAACAACAAACUUUGAAGCAACAACCAAAGCUAAACUCCAAAGAUUUGUCUCAACCAUUACCUCACCAAUCCCAAUCAACACCGCUUUCACAAGAAAAGCCAUCUUCACAACCUAUCCAACAACAGAAAUCAUCUCAGUCUAAUCUUGUUGCUCCAAACAAUACACCAUCAUCUCAACAACAACAGCCACGUUCUCCACAAAAACAACAAACCAUAGUUGUUAGCCACAAUACUCCACCUAAAUCAGCUUCAUCCCAGCCAUCCCAACCAUCUCAACUAUCUCAACCAUCACCACAACAAACGUCAGUUCCAUCAUUACAACCAAUUGUUGUAAUGGCAGAUUCACAACCAAGACAACCAUCACAAGUGGUAAGCAAAGCAUCGCUUGGCAGUUCCUUCCAGUUCUCUCAGCCAAUUCAUAUGAUGACAGCAACAAACUCAUUGGUUUCACCAACACACCACCAACCUUCAUUCAAAUCCAAUCCACCAUCACAACAAUCUUCCUCCAACAACUUGUCAGCCAAACAAAACAUUGAUAAUAACAAUCCAUCACAAUCCUCGUCAUCCUCCUCUUCAUCAUCCUCAUCAUCAUCGCAACAAUCAAACUAUAGUAUUGCACCAUAUCAACUUCCAGCAUCACAAACCAAGAAACCAGUGAUUCUAGGUACCAAUCUAACCAGCCAGAUGCAAGUGCAUAUUGUAACUCUCACCAAUUCUCUCGGAGGUCAGUUUGUGCGUGAGUUUAACAACGAUGUCACUCAUAUUGUUUGUGCCAGUGACGACCAAAACAUCACAAAACGUACCAUCAAGUACGAACUCGGCAUUGCCAAGGGCAUUUGGAUAGUCAACUUCGAUUGGAUCAUCAAUUCAUUGCUGGACAGUCGCUGGAUCGACGAAGAACCCUACGAGAUAGCUGGUGACACCGAAGGAGCUGGCUCACCAUACAAAUCACGUCAGCAACUCCUCUUCAAUAGCAAGCGUUUGUUCUACGGCUACCAGGUGUACUUGGCCGGUGAAUUCGAGACACCAUCACGCCAGGAACUCUCACAGAUUCUCUGGGAGAGUGGUGCUGUCGUGUUGGACAACAUUCCACCUGCACCAACCAACGCACGUGAACUUCUCCACUCGAAAUCCAUUGUCAUCUGUCAUCCGAACCAUGUCGCCACGCAACAACAAGCAAUCAAAAUCUACUUGGAAACCAAACAUCAUCCCAUCAACUUCCGUUGGAUCUUUGACUCACUCAGCAACUAUCAAAUUCAAUCACGUGAGAAAUAUAUUAUCAAUCUCUCGAAAUCCAUGACACUCGAUCAACUGGCAACUCAACAAUCAGUUGCCUUUUAA